AUGUCCAUCUUCCUGCUGCACGCUCCAGCAUGCGCUCCCGAUGCUGGAUUCGUCGACUUUCCCAGACCUGAGAGUCCCCAGACCACGGAUCCCUACGAGGUGGAAACCUUGAUUCAUUGUCAAGAGUCGGAGGAGUGCGAUCGGUGCGCCCGCAAGAAGAGGAGGACCUUCGACGCUUAUCCCCAACAGCCAUACCCAGAGAUCCUGACGCGCCGGUUUCCCGAGAAGAAGGGCUGCAAGCGCUUCGUUGCUUUCCUCUUACAUUUUUCGUGUUGUGCCCGAUCGCCCAGGAGAUAUCGACUAAUAACUCGUUAUCGUUAUUACAAACAGAAGAAACCCUACUCCGCCAUCUCGGUCCACGUGGAACAGUUGACCUCGGAAACUUACGACGAAGAUGAUCUUGCCGGAGUCCCCGAUCUUCUUGAGGUCGUCAAGCUGCAGGCCACUGGCUCGCAGGAGGUCGCCCGAGCUUUGAGGAAGAAGUUGAAAUACGGCAAUGUCCACCGGCAACUCCGCGCUCUCACCAUUCUCGACGGCCUUCUACAGAAUGGCGGGACAAGAGUACAACGAGCGUUGUUGUCCGAUGGGCCUUUGUUGGAACGACUCCGAAUAGCUGCGGCUGACCCUACCUCAGACCAUGAUGUCCGUACAAAAUGCAAAGACCUCUUUGGGCAGUGGGUUGCCAGCUCGAAAGACAAUCCAGGCUUGGAAGGGGCAAAGUCGCUCUACAAUACAUUGCCCCGGACGCACAAACCGGUUCAGCAACGGCGCGAACAAAGCAGAGUCCUCCGAGAGACAGAAGAGGACGUUGCUAGAGAGCAGGAGAUGGAGAUUGCAAGGACCAGGUCCGAUAGCACCGGAAGGUCUGGCGAAUCGUCCAGCCCCACGACGCUACGCAAACAACCUUCUCCUGUCGCUCUAGGAGAGUCCUCCACAUUCGCGCCCAAAAAGGUCAAGAAGGACAAGAAAAGCAAGCAAGCCAGAGGAGGUUUCAACCUGGAGAAAGAAAAACCCAAUAUCUUGCAGUCGAUCGCGGCAUCCUCAGUUGCUUCCACUGGCUUGAACAAUGCCUUGAGGUUAGUCAACCGGGAGUCCGAACGAGUGUCCGACAAUCCCGAGGUGAUGAAACGCUUCGAAACCUGCAAACAGCUCCGGCGUCAAAUCUUGCGAUACAUCCAGUUCGUCGAGACCGAGGAGUUCCUGGGUGGUCUGAUUCAUGCCAACGAAGAGCUGGUCAAUGCUCUAAUGGCAUUUGAGGUUCUCGACAAGUCGGUCGAUGACGACUCGGACAGUGAGCUGGAGGAGGCGCAACAUCUCAGUCGACAGGCGGCCAAGAGCGAGGCAUCUGCUGCGAGAGACGCGGAGAAGAUGGUGGCGGGACUCAGCAUUUCAGCUCCACCCAAACCACCCCGACCAGCUCCGGGCCAUAUUGCAAUGCCACCACCGCGGCCGUCGUCAAAUUCCAAGAAUUGGAGGACGAAGCAAGUUGAAAGUGACAGCGAGAGCGAGACAGAUGUCGAUGACGAUCCUGAUGACCCAUUUGCUGAUAAGAACGCCAUGAAAACCCCCGAUCCUGACGCCUUGGGCAGGAAAGGGUACACCUGGAAGGAAGUAUAG